UCAGAGGCAGCAGAGGGCUGUGUGACGGUGAAGUACAGCCUGGCAGGUCAUCCCUCUCAGAACCAGCUCCACUUCAAUCUCACGCCUGCAGAGGACACUGGAUUAACAGUCCACAGGUUGGCUGCUAGGACUCUGAUUCGCUCCCUGGAGAUGAAGGAGAAAGACGACAUCGAAGAACAAGAUGAGGGAGUGAGGAAGAGGGUGGUGGAGCUCAGUGUCCAGUCAGGAGUAAGCAGUGUCUUCACUGCCUUCAUUGCUGUCAAUAAAGGCGAUGGCGAAGCAAUUCAAGGACCUCUCGUGCGACGAUAUGUUCCAACACCCAUGUACGCCUCGUUUGGUAUGAUGCCUAUGGCUACCGGUGCAGGCAUUAUGUAUGACGAUUUGGAGUUUGAAGAUGCUCAAGAUGAUAUGGCUAUGAGAUGCGAUGAAGGGUUUGAUGGCAUCAUGGAAUCCGAACAGUAUUGUGUUGAAGAGCCUACUGUCAUCAAGCCCAAGCAGCCUCACAGAGACCCUUUGCUGCAACUGGUCUCCCUCCAGAAGGCGUCUGGCUGCUGGGAGCUGGUUCCAGCUCUGGCUGCUGCACUGGGAAAGACCAGCGAGGAGGUGGAGAGUGCAAAACCUUCAGGAGUGAACCAGGAAGUGUGGGCCACCUUUCUGGCUCUGAUCUGGCUUCAUGGCUCCAAGAUUGAGGCUCAGGAUGAGUGGGAGCUUCUGGCCAUGAAGGCUGCAUCAUGGCUCCGUGCUCAGAAUGCUCCCUAUGCGACAGAGUGUGUGGAAGCUGGAAAUGCUUUGCUGGGUUUCAAUGUGCAGAAAGACGCCCUGGGACUCUGAGGCUUCUCUUCAGGAUUGAAGACGACACAGAAGCAGAUUUACUGCAUCCUUCGACUUUUACAUUGCAUGUUACACUUUGCACUAUCUGCGUUCACAGUAUUCCAUGCCGUAGUAUAUUUGCACUGUCAAGCAGAUAAGCAGGGAAAAGGGAAAUGCUUUGGGGGGUCAUGGAGGCAGAAUCCUAAAUACAAGCAAUAAUAACCAAAUUUAAUUUGUUUUGAACCAAAAUAUUAACCAUUACAUGUUAAAUACAACAAAAAUAAACAUUGCAUUUAUUGUUGCUAUAGUAAAAUGUAGCCUGUUUAAUAAUUAAACACAACCCCUUAUUCAAAUGGUAUGAGCAUUUUUUUGGAUGGAAACGUUGCAGUUAAGGAAAAACUGCAGAUGGCCAACCUCAUGACCUGAGUUUGGAGCUCUUCCGGGUCUUCAUCUGGGUUAUGCGCUCACUGAAUACGCACAGUAGUGUUUCUUAUGCUGCCCGUGCCUGUGAGAUCCCGCUUGGCUCAUAGACUCUAUGUUUAGAUGGUUUCACAUAUUUAAAAAUAAAUAAAUCCAUGAACAAUUUUACAAAUACAAAACCUCCAUGGCUCAAGAAUUCAUAAUAGAGAGAGUCAUAGCUAUUGUUUGUAGUUCAAGUUGUCCUGUCAUGAGUUUUGGAAAUUUCUCCUUUUCAGUGGUGGUUUGUGGUUUUUAGGCAACUUUUUGGGGAUUUUUCUGCUGCAAUACCACAAGCAGCCACUUGGAAAAAUUGGAAGCAAGGCUGAGCAGUGUUCCUGGGGGCCUUUUUGAUAUGAUUGAAGCAGAUUAUUAGGGGGUCCCAGUCAUUUCUGUGUGCAGGCCUGCUGUCAAGACAAAGAACUGUUUUUCUGUCUUUCUGUCCAGUGCUUAGUUUUGGAAGUUUUUUCAUUUAAAAAAAUUAAACUGGAAGUUUGGACCUUAAA